AUGACAUUCCUCUUGCCAUCCAUAGCUGAAUACUCGGUUCCCGCCCUAACCCAGCAGUUUGAAUAUUUCUUCUUCUCGAUUUGCUUAUUCUUUGGUGCUGAUGGAUCAGAAACGGUGGAACCUCUUGUUAGAAUUGAGGCCGUGCUUCGUAUCUUCAACCGGACUUAUAAUAAGCGAGUCAAGCUGUUGUCCGGGAAUACGAAAAGUGUUAUUCUGGUUGUUCCUGGAAACUCGACGCUAGUUUACGACAGUGUGGCCAGCCGGGUGCUCAAAUAUCCUGUUCUCAUUGCUGCUGUUUCAAAUACAAAAUGGGAUGUGAAUGAAUUACAGAGCCGUCAUAGCAACUAUGUAGACUUUAUGGUUAAAGACUUUGAAGGGUUCGCAUUGCGGCUGGAACGCGCCACUGAAAGCAUUCAUCUCAGUGAAGCAGGACGUGCACUACUGUGGGAUAGGACUAUUUAUUAUGCUUUCAAAGCUUUAGUUCAAGGAUAUUGUGAAGGCGGCAAGUGCUCAACCGAAGGACGCGCACUAAUGCAGUUGGACUUCCAACAUUUAUUGCUGAAGCUCGAGCCUAUCUGUGGUCUUCGUCCCGUUCCGCAUACAGCUUUUGUUGAAGGAUACAUAAAGGCAUUCUAUCUACCGGAAAACGGGCUUGAGGAAUGGAUUAGCAAGCAUACUGAGUACACCGCCAAACAAAUGAUCUCACUUCUCAGCGUUGCCACUCAUGUGUCGAAGAAGGCCAGAACAAGGAUAAUAAAUGCCCUCAACGACUGA